CUUUACGCGGGCAAAACGUACAGAAAAAUGAACGAACGUAUUUUAGACCAAGAAAGCUACGCUCAAAGUACACCGGCAAAGCCGGCACACGACGAUGGAAUAGAUUUAGAUGAUUUGCUCCCGAAGAUUGGUGAAUUUGGAUUGUACCAGAAGUGCCUGUUAUGGCUAGUAUGUUUGCCUGCCUGUCUACCUUGUGGGUUUUGUGCAUUCAAUCAACUGUUUAUGACAGACACUCCAGAUCACUGGUGUCUAGUGCCACAGUUAAGUAAUUUUUCGUUGGCGGAACGUAAAAUGAUGUCGAUCCCAAAAAAGGCAGAAGACAAUUCUACUUAUGAAAGUUGUAUGCGGUAUUCUGUAAAUUGGACUGAAAUUUUCGAAUUAAAUAAGUCGAUACAUUUUAAUGAGAGUUGGCCAUUAGAGCCCUGCCUGGAUGGCUAUGAAUAUGAUAGGUCCGAAGUAAUAUCCUCUGUUGUAAUAGAUUUCGAUUUAGUUUGUGACUAUGAUGUUUACCCAACUCUUGGAUUAGUAGCAUUAAAUGUAGGAGGACCUGUAGGAGUAUAUUCGUUUGGCAUUUUAAACGACCGUAUCGGAAGAAAGAAAUCAUUCUUUGCAUGCCUAUCAACACUAUUACUUGGCAGUAUUAUGACUGCAUAUGCACACGAAUAUUGGUUUUGGGUUGUAGCAAGGAUUAUUGUCGGAUUAACAAUUCCCGCUGUUUAUCAAAUACCUUUUAUAAUUUCUCUAGAACUAGCAGGACCUAACUAUAGAUCAUUUGUUACUGUAAUGACCUGCAUAUUUUAUACGCUUGGAUUAAUAUUAUUAUCCGGCGUGACGUACGUACUUCGUGAUUGGCGAUCUCUGGCUUUAGCCACAUCCGUUCCAUUCUUUUUUUACUAUCUAUAUUGGUUUGUUCUACCGGAAUCUCCUAGAUGGCUACUAAUGAAAGAUAGACUGGAGGAGGCUAACAACAUUUUAAAAACAAUAGCGAGAGUAAACGGCAAACAUUUACCAGAAGAAUUCACAACUAAGCUCCAAAAACAGGUUCUAGAACAAAAGGAACACGGCGUGAAAGAAACUAAAAAUGCGAACGCAUUUUCAUUAUGCAAGACUCCUAAUAUGCGACUUAAGACGAUUUUGAUAACGUUAAACUGGUGCGCUUCUGAAAUGGUGUACGUCGGCCUUAGCUAUUAUGGACCAGCUAUUGGUAGCAAUCAAUAUAUGAGUUUUUUCUUGUCGUCAGCAGUGGAAAUUCCUAGUUACAUAGUUUGCUGGAUACUCAUGGAUAAGGUAGGCCGACGCUGGCCUCUGUGCUUAUCAAUGGUUAUCAGCGGAAUUUUUUGCAUGGUCACUGUACUUUUACCAAAUGAUGCUGAAAAUGAAACGCUGAUACUCUAUUUGAUAUCGAAAUGUUUUAUAUCCGCAUCAUUCUUAAUCAUUUACCCGUAUGCGGGAGAAUUAUACCCGACAGAGUUGAGAGGUGUUGGCAUCGGUACUUCGGCGUACAUCGGAGGUCUUGGUUUAAUAAUAAUACCUUUCAUAAAUUACUUGGGUACAAACAACUUAGUACUGCCAUUAGUUUUGAUGGGGGCAUUAUCAGUUGUUGGAGGUUUAACAGCACUCCGGUUACCAGAAACUCUACACACGUCACUACCACAAACCGCUGAGGAGGGCGAGGAAAUUGGCAAAGAUUGGACGUAUAAAGAUUGCUGGAGUUGCGGAGGACCCAGACAAGUGGAAUCAGAAGGCGAUUCUUAUGAGAACUUGGAUCAAUUGGAGCUGACCCAAGCUCCAAUAAUGGAAGAUGAAGUAUCAGAUCUUCGACCGGUUAGACGGAGUUCCAUGAGAAAGUUGGUACGCCAGGCGAGCAUACUUGAAACCCAGCGAGACCACGACGGCAGCCUCAAGAUGACUUAUUGGUUUUAGUGUUCGGCGCCUCGUAAUGAUUCUAAUUACUUUUUUAUUUUUUGGAUGGUACCUCAUUGUUUAGAUUGCUACAAAAGAUAUAAAUUAUUUAAGUUAUUAAAGAAAUUCUAUAUAUAUGUUCUUGAUAACAUAGAGAUAUUAAGUAUUAAGUGGAGAUAGAUUUUCUAAGAGAUAUAAAAAGAGUUCGCAUCUGGGGUGUCAAGUUUUUAAGGUUAAAAUAUUAUGUGACAUACCCGGGACGAACCUUCAACAAUUAUAGCUUCAAAACAUUUUAGCCAAGAAAAGCUAAAAUAGAAUAAUAAGCCAGGCUCAUAAAAUGUUAUUGUUGUAUUGUGUUGGUCUUUUGGUUUUUAUAGAUUGUAACAGAUUUUAUUUCUAACAAUACUGAUUUUUUUUUUGUAACUAGAAAUACUGUUUUUGAAGAAAUUUUCGACGUUACUUGAAAUACUCUAUAUUUUUAUAAUAACCAUACAAAGCAGAUAAUUUAGCGUCAUUUACUUGGAGUAGCAAGGUUUUAAACGUUGUUAUUUUGUUCCUAUUUCACAAUUUUAGUAAAGUUCUAUAACGUAUAUAAACGCAAAAUAUUACAAUAUUUACAUAAAUCUAUUAAAUAAUGUUUAUUUAAAUGUGUUGUGGUCAGAUAGUAUUUUGCUUUUAAAUCAUAGAUAUAGUUAUAUAUAAUGGUAGAAAACUAAGAUAGACUCUAACUAGGUUUAUAUCUUUAAGCAUUUUUAGUCAAUAUUGCCGUGUAAAUUUGUGAUUUUCCACUCACUAUUACUACACUAGUUUUAUGUGUUGUGGUAACUAAAGUUUAAACGAACAGUGUCUCGUUAAUGUAGAAUAAUUUCUGACAUAUCGAGCGGCAAUAUCGCUAAUGAACUUAACCUUAAAGCUUAUUAAUACGCCCUUGAACUAAUUGUCUGUAACUAGGUUUUUUUCACUUGAUAGAUAAAAACAAGAUACUCGCUUAGGCCUUUCAUGUAUACAAAAAUUUGUAAUCGAGAUAUAAAAAUAUAUAAAUCAAUUACUGGAGAAUUGCGAUUUAAAAAUAUGUACGAAAUCUGUUAACUUUUAAUAAAAUGCCUAACUGACAAUCUGACUUUUGCUAUGUUAUUCACAGCUAAAAGUCUAUUAUGACAAGCUACCAAUAGCAAUUUUGUCUUCUAGUUAUAUGAUUAUUAUUAAUAUGCACUUUUCCAAGUUCAUGCGGCGUCACUGCUACGAUAAUGCAUAACACUAUAACGAAACUAACAUAUGCCAUUAGAUGGUAUUAGUAAAGAGAUUGGAUUCGAUAUUGUAUAAUUAUUAAGUAAAAAGGUAAUUAAAAAAAAAUUAAUACGGUAAGACAGCAACAAUUUAGUUAGUUAUUUAUUUAGGUAACCAACAGCUUAUAUAAAACAUACAAGCCUCAAUGUUAAAUCAGAAUAUAUUUAUAACAUAAAUGUGUUUCAUUAUUAGCAGGAUAAGAAUUAU